UCUGGUAUCGGGGCGGAGCGCCUGGAGAAGCUCUGCUGUCCGGCUUACGCAGGCUGCUCGUUCUGGGCGCAGUUCAGGGCAAUCGCUGGCUACAUAAACUGGCCUGAAGAGUGAGCUUUCGAGAAGUUCAGAUUUGGAUCACAGUCUUUUCCGAUUUUGGGAGAAGAUUUCGAAAGGUUUUAAAAUUUGGAUUAGGCUAGAGCCAAGGAGGUUAAGAUGGCAAUGUAUAUGGGUGAGCGUGAGGGUGUGGUGAAGGUUACAGAAUGGCAGAACACACAUUAUGCAGGAGAUUCAGGCUUCCAGUCAGGAGCCACAACAGUGCGUUCAGAUGGUGACGAUGGCACAGAAUUCCACUCUAAGAAAUACACCAUGACCACCACAGUCACAGAGACCCCUCCAGACCUGGAGUCACAGUACACCAUAACCCGGUCCCAGCGCGUUAGGGCGGCCAUGUUCCCCGAGACGGUGGGAGAGGGCAUGACCGUGCUGUCUACGCAGGUGGACGCGGCCCAGCAGAGCAACGUGCAGAAGCUGGCUGAGCCCUCGCAGCUGCUCAAAACCGCCAUUGUCCAUCUCAUCAACUACCAGGACGAUGCGGAGCUGGCCACGCGCGCCGUGCCAGAGCUCACCAAGCUGCUCAACGACGACGACCAGGUGGUGGUGAACAAGGCGGCGCAAAUCGUGAACCAGCUGUCGCGGAAGGAGGCUUCCCGGCGGGCGCUGGUGCAGUCGCCGCAGGUGGUGGCGGCCGUGGUGCGGGCCAUGCAGAACUCCAACGACAUGGAGACCACGCGGGCCACGGCCAGCAUCCUGCACAAUCUGUCACACCAGCGCGAGGGUCUGCUGGCCAUCUUCAAGUCGGGCGGUAUCCCCGCCCUCGUCCGCAUGCUCAGCUCUCCAGUGGAGUCGGUGCUGUUCUAUGCCAUCACCACCCUGCACAACCUCCUCCUGCACCAGGAGGGGGCCAAGAUGGCCGUUCGCCUGGCCGACGGUCUGCAGAAGAUGGUGCCGCUGCUGAAAAAAAGCAACCCGAAGUUUCUGGCCAUCACCACGGACUGCCUGCAGCUUCUCUCCUACGGCAACCAGGAGAGCAAGUUGAUCAUACUGGCUAACGGAGGUCCUGAGGGCCUGGUGCAGAUCAUGAGGAACUACAACUACGAGAAACUGCUGUGGACCACCAGCCGCGUACUCAAGGUGCUCUCCGUGUGCCCGAGCAACAAGCCUGCUAUCGUGGAAGCCGGUGGAAUGCAGGCUCUGGGAAAGCACGUGACUGGCUCUAGCCAGCGCCUCACACAGAACUGUCUGUGGACUCUGAGGAACUUGUCUGAUGCUGCCACCAAGCAGGACGGCCUAGAGGGUCUCCUGCAGGUCUUGGUCGGCCUCCUCUCCACAGACGAUGUGAACAUGCUCGCGUGCGUCACUGGCAUCCUGUCCAACCUCACGUGCAACAACACGCACAACAAGACACACGUGACUCAGUGCGGUGGCGUGGAGGCCCUGAUCCAUGCUCUGCUGCGUGCCGGAGAGAAGGAGGACGUGGCGGAGCCGGCCACCUGCGCCCUGCGCCAUCUGACCAGCCGCCACCCGGACGCCGAGGUGGCCCAGAAAGCUGUGCGCUGCCACUAUGGCAUCCCUCCAGUCGUAAAUCUGCUGAAGAAGCCAUACCACUGGCCUGCCGUCAAGGCUGUGGUGGGCCUGAUCCGCAACCUGGCACUUUGCCCAGCCAAUCAGGCACCUCUUAGAGAUGUGGACGCCAUUUCCAAACUUGUCAAUCUGCUAAUGAAUGCCCACCAGGAUGCUCAGAAGCAUGGCUCAGCCAGCCAGCAAACAUACCAGGAUGGCGUGAGAAUGGAGGAGAUUGUAGAGGGGGCCACUGGAGCACUCCACAUCCUGGCCAGAGAUCCCAUGAACAGGGCCCUCAUGGUCGAAAUGAACACCAUUCCCCUGCUUGUGCAGUUGCUCUACUCCCCGGUGGAUAACAUAAAACGUGUGGCUGCUGGCGCGCUGUGUGAACUGGCUCUGGACAAGCAGUCGGCCAUUAUGAUUGAUAGCGAAGGUGCCGCCUCUCCCCUCAUGGAACUUCUGCACUCCAGCAACGAGGGCAUCGCUACCUAUGCGGCUGCUGUGCUGUUUCGCAUUUCUGAGGACAAAACUGCAGACUAUAAAAAACGUGUGUCUAUUGAGCUCACCCACUCUCUCUUCAAACACGACCCUGCAGCAUGGGACAUGGCUCAUAGCAAUACGAUGAUGGAAUCUGCAUAUGGACAAGAUAUGGAGCUUGAACAACGCUUUGCUGCUACGUAUGGAUUUGAUCCCACAGGAACAGAGCACGACAUAGCUGAUGACUUCCUAGCCUAUGACACAAUGCCCAGAGCCUAUGACGGCUGCUAACAGAAUGGUGACAUGCUGAAUUCCAAAAAUCAGUAAGAGAAGCAACGAUCCAGAACAGUCACCCUGCAAGUGCAGCGGGACUCCUGGGGCCAGCAGCCUCUGCACACACUGCUGUACUAUAUACGCAAUUAUCACUGUGCCAUGUGGGAGAGAAUCUGGGAUCACUUAACCCCACCUGCUCAUAAAAACAACUAUCCCCACUGGGGGUUUUUUUGGUAGAAAAUAUUGUAUUUUAAAGCUCUUACUAAGGGGGUGGGGUUGUAAACACAUUGGUGGAAAGAGGACUGGUACACUCCCAAACAGAUUUGUGUUGCCGAGUGAAUAAUCGUUCAUUUUUUUGGUAACUACUUUUACUUUGGAAAACACUGCCAGCACCAAGACUGAAGAGCUUUAAAUCUCUGACUUUAGUUCAGGUAUGUCCAGUGUGGCUCCACUUGUAUAACUGAAAAUUUGGUCUUAUAUGGAUGCUAAAACCCACAAUUGAGCUUCAUCACUUUUCUUCUUUGCAAUAAAUUAUUCACUACAGUACAGCAUUGUUAGCCCUAAGCUAGGGCUGGGCAAGAUUUCUUGAGAAAGUUGUGAAAUAAAAAAAUUGUAGUCAAGGGUCUUGUGAUAUAACCACAAGCUUUCAAUGGUCUGUAAAGAAAUAUAAUGAACGUGUUGACUUGCAAAAUGAAGUCUUUAGUGAAAUUACUAAAAUGGUAACAUUAGCAUUAACCUGUUUUACCUUUUUUCUUAAAUAGUAACUACAUAAUAAGGAUGUUUCAUAGUUAUGCCGUGCCAGUUUGUGAAAAUGUUGUGAUUAAAUUGUCUAACUGGUUCCCGCUGGAGAAAUGUAAGUAGGGACAAUAGCCUCGAGUGCAGUCUGGACCCGGGCCUUCUGAUAUCUUAUACCAACAUCUGGCUCCAGAAUUUUGCCACACACAAUCAAUAACCUUAAGAUGUAAAUACACUAUUGAGGGGAAAAAACACCUUGCAAGUCUGGUGAAGUUUUAGAAACCCGAUUUCUUAUUUUGCUAUAUACUACAUAGACAAAUACUGUAAAUGCAGUGAUGUACGUAUAAACACUAACACGGGGUAGAACUUGAGUUGUCACCAAAGUCUUUUCACAAUGAGCAUUAAUUUGUAGUGGGAUUAUUGAAAACCUGAUGUCUUUAUAAGUGUUUCUACUUCAUACUUUGUACAAAAAAAAAAUUAAAAUAAAAAUUAAAAUCAUUUCCUCA